CAAUCUACUACGGACGCGUGAAAUGCAACACCGCUGCUAAGGGAGCACACGUGCAGGCGAGAGUGCAAGCGUAGAGCGAAGAACUAGAGACGGGCAAAACAGCACACACGCAGCAGGUCAGGGAUCAGGCACAAUGGGUCGUACUCAGCGUCGUCGUCACAGCCAGCUCCACAGCAGGGACAAGAACCACAGGGACUCCAGCUCCUUGCAGGCUCUGUACGUUGACCUCCACUCGGGUUGGCAGAACUCUACGCACCUUUCGGCUUGCAACUUUGCACAAACGGGCAGGGGACUGUGCUCGAAGCGGGCGAAUUUUGCCUCUGAGGAUGAGCUGAUACGUCUGCCUGUGGACUGCCUCAUAAGUAUAGCCAACCUAGAAUCCGAUGAAACUUUUAAGGAGCUAUUCAACAAGGAGCUCUUUGACAAGGACGCCAGGAUCUCCUUUCAGGCCCUUAUAGCCUGCUAUCUUAUGUACCAAAAGCACCUACAAGACUGCUCAAACAGCUCAGCCUACACCGCCUACUUAAAUACGCUGCCUGUGAGUUACUCCACACCCUAUUUCUGCUCCAUUCCCGAGUUACAGUGCCUGCCCGAAACGGUCCUGGAACGAACAGUGGCCCAGAACCGGCAGAUAAAAGAAUACUACGGAAUAAUCAAAAGUCUGGUGGGUUCCUUGAGCUGCCAGUGUUGUGACCAAAGCUACUGCCAGGAGAUUUGGACCCUGUCUGAUUACCGGUUGGCAUACUUUGCCGUAAACACCCGCAGUGUAUAUCUUAGUGCCAGGUUUCUGAAGAAACAGAGCAGCCACUUUCAAGGCUUACUCAGCGGAGACACCAACUUGGCAUUAGCUCCCUUUCUGGACCUUUUCAACCACUCGGAUGCCGUGCAGACCACCGCUGAGAUACAGGCUAAGGACUACGUGGUCACCUUAAAGUCCCUGCCUCUGAGUGAGAUCAAACCCUACAAGCAGUUGUUCAUCAGCUACGGCGCUCUGCCCAACUUUAAACUCCUGACUGAGUACGGGUUUUGGCUUAAGGGCAAUGCCCACGACUACUUUGAGUUCUCCCUGCUGGACAUCGAGCAUAUGAUCAAGCACCGCAAAGAGCUGUACUCGCAGACCUUUCACCGCAACAUCUUUAAGUUCAUAAGGGAGCAUAAUCUAUCCGAUCAGAUGUUCGUCCACCUUGGGGACGGAUGCUCCCACAAUUUACGGGUGGUGCUGCACCUGAUUUUCAAGCAGCAGGCCUACUUUCCCAACAUACUCAACCAGAUUGCCUUUGGCGAUGCCGAUCAGUUCGAAGACGUUCAGCCGGAGCUGACGUAUCUUGUAAAGUACAAGGUGCAGGAGUACGAGAUCUUUAUCGGAGAGCUGGAUAAACUUCCCGAGCUGACGGAGAGUGGAUCUAUUGCGCGAUCUUAUUUGCAAGAGUGUAUUCGUUACCUGGGCGACUUUGAAGCUAUGCAUUUCUGACUAAGGGAACCUAAGAUAAGUUUAAAUUUGGAGCAGAGUGGAGAGUACUUUCUCAGGGAUACUUUUGUACUCUUAUAAGAAUUGAAAUGUCAUCAUUUUUAAAUAAUUGAUAGGUCAUAAGUUAUUUCUACUUAGUUUUGCUGAGCAUAACCGUUAUCGAGUUGAGUUCUUUUAUACUAAUGAAAUGAAAUGAAUAUAUUUCUAAAACGAUAUGAGUCAAAAUGUUAACGGCUUUUAUAAUAAAUCCCUACAAAGCCCUAACCUCCAUUCCGUGUUCAUUU